AUAUGUACUCAUAUAUUUUAUUUACACACAACACGCAAAGUAAACGUUACAAGUAAAUAAAUUAUUAAUUAUUAUAUUUUUAGUUAAAUAAAAAUGUCUGAAUACAACAAAGUACGUACAGGAAAGCUAAAACUUAAAGGUGAAAAAAUUAAAUCAAAAAAACGUAAACAUAAAAAACAAGACAAUAAAAAUGAAGAAUCCAAUGCUCCUGCAAAUGAUGCUCCUCAACAUGGUGGUUGGUGGAAAGUGAACAACUUUUCUGAAAUAACUGGAACAGUAGCAAUAGAAUUUGGUAAUCAUACUUAUAUAAAAGCACUGGACAAUGGUUUGUUCACACUUGGUGCUCCACAUGACGAAGGCGAUGGUCCAUCACCAGAAGAAAUCCUCACGGCGUUUCCGGUAAAUGAAAAUAAAAUAGCUCUCAAGUCGGGCUAUGGUAAAUAUAUCGGAAUUGAUAAAAAAGGAGUGGUAAUAGGAAGGAAUGAUGCUGUCGGUGCUAUGGAACAGUGGGAGCCUAUUUUCCAAGAUGGUAAACUCGCUAUUCUAGGUAACAAUAAUUGUUUCAUGUCUGUAACAGAAGAUGAUGAUGUCAUUUGCAGUAGCAAAACAGCUGGAUCAUCAGAAUACGUUUGUCUGAGAAGUCUGGUCCAGCGAAUAGACGAUCCCAACAAAGGCAUACCUAUUGAAGAACAAGGUUCGCUUACUGAAGUUGAAGUCAAUUAUGUACGCAAAUUUCAAAAGUUCCAAGAUAAAAAGCUAAGGAUAAAUACCGAAGAUAACAGUAAAUUAGCUGCGGCUAAAGCUGAAGGAAUUUUACACGAAACUUUACUUGAUAGAAGAAGUAAAAUGAAAGCUGACAGAUACUGCAAAUAGAAUCACAGUAAUUCAUUUUUUUUUAAAUUAACUAAUUGAUUAAUUUAACAAAAAAUACCAAGUUUUUUUUUUUUACAUUAUUGGCACUUAAU